AUUACGUAGCACGAUUGACUGGUUUACACUUUUUUAUUGUUUCUUAAAUAAAAAAAACAGACGGUAAUCUAUAUUAUCAACCAUUUCUCGCAACGCUCGAAACAAUAAGGUUUAUGAACUGUUUAUCCCGCGAAUCACUCUUCCCACGGUUGUAAGAAAUGAAGGCAGAAAAGGAGGAMAACAUAGACUUUCACGGGCCUGAAAARUCCAAAGCCCUUCAUAAAUCCYGUAAAGUCAAAUACAYGAUAGUUGCAGUCGUAUCUGUAACACUGUUAGUGGCCGCUGUCAGUUUGCUUGUUGCAUUUUGGCCGGGAAAGCACAAGGUUUCAAAAUGCCUGGUUGAAGUCAACCUAGAAGAGGGUGAUACUUUAAUGUAUCGUGUUGAUCAGAAUUUUGAAGUCAAGGGAAAAGAUUCACAGAAAGAAACCAUAUCGUCUACCGUUGGUUUUCAAGUGGUUAACAAGACAUCAUACGCCUAUUGGUUUCUUCUUAAGAUCAACACAACAUUCAAAGACGAUGAUGAGGAAGUGAAGUCCGCCAUUACUGGUUAUUUCAGGGUUCAACUACCAAGUACCAAGGACUAUUCUGAGGACACAGGCAAUGAUGGCACGACUGAAUUUUUUGAACUUCAUGGGUACCCUCAAACUGACGGAGAAUUCGUUCGCUAUUUGCAUGGAAUCCUGUACCAGCUUCUCACGGCCGUCAGACGUGAUUUGUAUGAAGACGUCGAUGGACAGACAGACCAAAAUGUAAAGCCAGAAAACACUCCCUUGUUUCCAGGCCCCGUCAGAAUGCACCGACAAGCAAACACUAAAGAAAUCGAUGACGUGUUGGUCAAAAAUCACUUCAACCAAUCAGAUUUGGUCAACGCUUCCUCAGACAUGGAUAUUGAUGUCAAAUACAACGAUUCAGCCACAAUUAACAAGACCAACGGAAUGGUCUCAGAAAGUAAUGUCUAUGUAUCUGAAGAGCUUCAUUUUGGUGAACCAAUUAAAACCAAGGACGGGCAUGACGUCACCACGAUGAUGGUUAACUUGUACAGUCAUGUGACUCGUAUUGAGAUGGACAGUGCUUACUUUGUGGAAGAAGAAAUCAAAGCUCUAAAGAUAGAUUCAUUUGUCAUGUUGGUGGUACCAACUGAAGAAAGCACUUUAGAUGACACAUUAGAUGGUCAGCGGUUAUCAACACAAGAACCCGCUACAGUUAUCAGACGUAAUCGCAGGGCGGUGGGGUCUGAUUCAAACCGAACAGCAACUCCAUAUCCCGGAGGAAAUGUUGGUGGUGGAGGAGGAGGUGGUAAUGGAACGGUGGGGUCCAUAGGAGGAGGAGGUGGUAAUGGAACAGUAGGGUCCAUAGGAGGAGACGGUAAUGGAACGGUGGGAUCCUUAGGAGGAGAUGGUAAUGGAACGGUAGGGUCCAUAGGAGGAAAUGGUAAUGGAACGGUGGGGUCCUUUGGAGGAGAUGGUAAUGGAACGGUAGGGUCCAUAGGAGGAGGAGGUGGUAAUGGAACAGUAGGGUCCAUAGGAGGAGACGGUAAUGGAACGGUGGGAUCCUUAGGAGGAGAUGGUAAUGAAACGGUAGGGUCCAUAGGAGGAAAUGGUAAUGGAACGGUGGGGUCCUUAGGAGGAGAUGGUAAUGGAACGGUAGGGUCCUUAGGUCCUAAACUGUUCCUACGAAGACUUCUAGAUUUGUCCCUAGCAAUGGAAAAUACGUUCUCUCUUUUUGACAAGACGUUACUUGGAAUCCGAACCAAAGGAGAGGGAAGCACAUGGUUAAAGACCACUGCUUUCGACUGGAAAAACGGGACGAAGAAAUGGGAAAUGGGAACUGAUCUUUAUGUAACACUUGGAAGUAUCAGAAAAAACAUUUAUCGAGUGAAAUACAGCAACGAAGAAAUAGAAAAUGGAAUUGGAAGAGAGGUCGGCAUGUCCUGGAGUAAGGGGAUUCCAUUUUGCUUUAAGGUCCUGAUCGUGAGGUUGUGUGUGGAGUUUAGCUUGAAUGUUGACUUUAACAUAAAGCCGCCGAAACUUCUAUCACAAGAGACGUCACUCAGUCCUCCAAAGAUUGCAUUACAGGUCGAAGCAUUUGCAGAAGUGAAAGCAAGUGUAGAAGCUUAUGCAUCAAUACUGUUUGUUCGUGCCGGGGUUUUUACGGACGGGACACUUGUUCGUGUCACCGUUCCAACCAAGCUGUCGUACAGUGCAGUAAAGCCAGCCAAUCAGAAGUGGUGUUUGGCAUCAAAUGCAAAACUGACUGCCUUAGAAUUGCAUGCUGGUCUGUUCUACCAAUGGAGAAAAUGCCGUUUCAUAUUCAGAUGGUUUCACAGCUAUAUUAGGUGUUGGUGGGGAACGAGGAAUACGAUCUUAAGCUUCGGUACAUGGGCUGCUCUAAGUAAAGAUUUUGAGCUGUAUGGUAUUUGCUUUUAGUAAAACAUGCCUUUCCUGACGCUGUCAAAUGCAUGCUAGCGUUUCAAAGAUACUUUUAAGGGACAAUGUACCUAUGUAAGUAUAUUUAUAAUUCGUAGUUUUCCUGGCUACAAUCUUUAGUUUACUUAAGUUUGAUUCACGAAAUUGGAUAUUUUGGCGUCACCACGCGCAAAUAUAAGCACAAUUAACGUCGUUUUUAGUUCAGUUUUAGUUUUAGUGAUUUAGAGUGAAUCAAAUUGUGAUUAUYGAAAUUGUAACCUUGGCAAGCGUGACCGAUAUGUGACUACAUCUUUUUAUUAUAUAAUUACCAAUGAAAUAUCUAUUUUUCUCUAUUUCGAAAACUUGAUAUCUUCACACGUGAAAAUAAUAUGUUAUUUUCACGUGUGAAAAUAACACCAUUACGAUGGCUAUU